GGAGGGAGAACGCAUGUGAGAAAACCUCCUACAUGUUCCUGCGUAAGGAGCUGCCGGUGCGGCUGGCCAACACCAUGAGGGAAGUCAACCUGCUGCCCGACAACCUGCUGAGUCAGCCCUCCAUCAGGCUCGUCCAGAAAUGGUACAUGCAGAGCUUCGUGGAGCUGCUGGAGUUUGAGAACAGGAAGCCGGAGGACCCUCACACUCUGAAUGAUUUUCUGGAGCUCUUGAUUGAGAUCCGGAACCGUCACAACGACGUGGUCCCCACCAUGGCUCAGGGGGUUAUCGAGUACAAGGAGAAGUUCGGCUUCGACCCGUUCAGCAGCAGCAACAUCCAGUACUUCCUCGACCGCUUCUACACCAACCGCAUCUCCUUCCGCAUGCUCAUCAACCAGCACACUCUCCUGUUCGGGAACGACACCAACCCAGCCCAUCCCAAACACAUCGGCAGCAUCGAUCCCACCUGCAGCGUAUCGGAAGUGGUCAGCGAUGCCUACGACACGGCCAAGAUGCUGUGUGAGAAGUACUACUCAGCUGCUCCGGAGCUCACGAUCGAGGAGUUCAACAUGAAGACUCCUAAGAAGCCCAUCCAGGUGGUGUACGUGCCCUCCCACCUGUUCCACAUGCUGUUUGAGCUCUUCAAGAACUCGAUGAGGGCGACCGUCGAGCACCACGAGAACACUAACGAAGGACUGCCGCCAGUAAAAGCACGAGUCACUCUGGGGAAAGAAGAUCUCUCGAUAAAGAUCAGUGACAGAGGAGGAGGAGUUGCUCUGAGGAAGAUCGAUCGCCUCUUUAACUACAUGUACUCCACUGCCCCAACGCCGAGCCUGGAGCCCGGAGCGGUCCCGCUGGCUGGUUUUGGAUACGGUUUACCCAUUUCACGGCUGUAUGCCCGAUACUUUCAGGGGGACCUGAAGCUCUACUCCAUGGAGGGGGUGGGCACGGACGCGGUCAUCUAUCUGAAGGCUCUUUCCAGUGAGUCCUUUGAGCGCCUGCCCGUGUUCAACAAGUCAGCUUGGCGACAUUACAAGACCAGCCCGGAGGCGGACGACUGGAGCAACCCCAGCACGGAGCCACGUGAUGCCAGCAAGCCCAACUACAAAGCCAACAGAUAAUUCUGCACGGCCCGUUAGCGUAGCCCCUCUGCUGGGAGCCGCUCGGUGGGGAGCAUGCACGCUAAGGACAAGUUGCCUUUGGGUGGUUCUUCUGUUU